AUGGAACAACAGAUACGUGAUGCUCUCUCUCUCCCUGAACCUGUUAUCUCUGCCUCCUCCCUCGUGAAUGUCAUCAAACAACCCACAGCGGAAACCGUCGCAUGGCUUGCAGAGUUGUACGAGUCCCUCGCCACCGAAAACCCCUCCCGAGUUGAAGCACUUGCCGAAUCUCUUGUCCUCCUUCGUGACUCCCCAGACAUCCCAACCAUUGCGAAAAACGAAACCCAUAUCAAGAAUCCAGUCCUCAACCUGUUUCUGUAUGAAGUCCUAUCCGCCGCGGUAUCAGGGCCGAGGUCAGACCUCGUCGCCAUUGCACCUACAAAUGAGUCGUUCCUUGUCGGAUCCGUCAUUUCCACCACAGCAACGAAACACGGCUUGUGCACCUCUGCAGCGCGGAUCGGUGCCAUCGCUCGGGGGAUACACUUCCCCGGCUCCGAGUAUUAA